CAAAAACAACCACCACUUCUGCUGAAGAAGAAGCCCUUUACGUGAAGUCUCUACCUUGACAACGAUCCUCCACUUUUCCACGUCAAAUAAUUUUCAACUGUGAUGCAGCACAACUCGAACUAGAAUCGAGAAACCACCUUCCUUCACAACCAUGGCUGCAGCCAGACGCGGUAGCGAUCCAGCAAUCGCUACCCUCCAACCAAGUGCCAGCGAUCCCUUACAACUCAAAGGGGAAAGCAGAUUAACUACAGAAGGUGCAAACCCCAGACCAGCUGUACCUCGAAAUUGGCAAACCGAACGACCCAAACCAGCAUAUCGAUCUUCUGUCCUCCCAUCUAUCCUCGCCCGAAAUGCAACGAAUGUCCCUGCAUUAAAUGCUGCCCUUUGGGAUCAACCCCACGACGACGAUUCCUCCUCCUCGAGCUCAUCCUCCGACGAAGACGAAGUCAUCUCACCAAAGAAUCAUGCCAAAAGUAAACAACAUGGCCGUGAUAAGAGAUCUAGGUCUGGUAGUGGGAAUUUUCAUAAGUUCAAUGUUGGGAAUGAUGAUUUCAAGACGAGGGGAAAGGUUUCGAGGCGGGAUGGGAGACUGAAUAUCAGUGUCAAUGAGACGAAUGAUCAUGGGUAUUUGGCCAAGGCGUUGGGUGCUACGUUUCUCCACAAGCAGGCGAACCCGGAUAUUUCUCAUACUUCUUCGUCGACGACGAUUGCGUCCGAUUUACUGCGGCCGAAGCUGAAUAUCGUCGUCAUGGUGAUUGGGAGUCGUGGCGAUAUACAGCCAUUUCUGAAACUGGGUAAGAAUCUACAGGAAUAUGGACAUAGAGUCAGAAUUGCGACGCAUCCUGCGUUUAAAGAUUUCGUGGAAAGUGAUAUUGGUCUAGAGUUUUUCUCUGUUGGUGGUGAUCCGGCGGAAUUAAUGGCUUUUAUGGUGAAGAAUCCCGGUAUGAUCCCUACGAUGGAAACUCUCAAGAAGGGAGAGGUUGGCCGACGACGGGAACAAAUGGCGGAAAUGUUCGAGGGGUUCUGGCGCGCUUGUAUCAAUGCUACGGAUGAUGAGAAGGAUACACAUAAUCUGAAGAUGAUGGGUGCUAAGGCGCCUUUUGUGGCGGAUGCUAUUAUCGCCAAUCCGCCGUCUUUUGCUCACAUUCAUUGUGCUGAACGACUUGGGAUACCUUUGCAUCUGAUGUUUACGUUUCCUUAUAGCCCGACGCAGUCUUUUCCUCAUCCUCUGGCGAAUAUCAAGAAGACCAAUGUUGAUCCUGGAUAUGCGAAUUUCAUGUCAUACCCUUUGGUAGAAAUGAUGACUUGGCAGGGGUGAGUCUUUGCAUAUAGUCCUUUAUAUCUAUACGCGCUAACAUUGAUAGGCUUGGUGAUCUGAUCAACUCCUUCCGCGUCAAGACACUUGGUCUUGAGCCCGUAUCGACGUUAUGGGCCCCUGGUCAACUAUAUCGAAUGAAAGUCCCAUACACGUACCUCUGGUCUCCGGGUCUCAUUCCAAAACCACCGGAUUGGGGAUCAGAAAUCGAUAUCGCUGGUUUCGUCUUUCUGGAUCUGGCUUCGAAAUUUGAACCUCCUGAGGAUUUGGUCAAAUUCCUGGAUGCCGGAGAACCUCCUGUUUACAUUGGUUUCGGAUCCAUAGUUGUUGAUGACCCUGAUAAAUUCACCACCAUGAUAUUCGAAGCAGUAGAGAAAGCAGGAGUGCGAGCUUUGGUAUCUAAAGGGUGGGGAGGACUGGGAGGUGAGAAUAAUACACCUGAUAGUAUUUUCAUGCUUGAAAACACACCUCACGACUGGCUAUUUCCCAAGGUCAGUGCUGUUGUACAUCAUGGUGGAGCUGGCACGACUGCUAUUGGAUUGAAAUGUGGCAAACCGACAAUGGUCGUCCCAUUCUUUGGGGACCAACAGUUCUGGGGAUCUAUGAUUGGGAAAGCGGGUGCGGGAGCUGAACCGGUUCCUUAUAAGAACUUGACGGCUGAUAAACUAGCGGAUGGUAUUAAGUACUGUCUAACUGAUGAAGCAAAGGCAGCGGCUGAGGAAAUGGCGAAGAAUAUUGAGGCGGAAGGUGAUGGGGCUAAGAAUGCGGUCACCUCUUUUCAUCGAAGCCUUGUUUUACGUGGCGAACAUUCGAUGAGGUGUUCAAUUCUGGAAGACAGAGUAGCUGUGUGGACACUCAAAAAUACGAAUCUACGACUUAGUGCACUUGCUGCGGAGCUUCUGGUUGAACGGAAAAAGAUCACUUGGAAACAACUUCGACUGAUUCGUCACAAUGAAUGGAAUGACUUUGAGGGACCUGGUGAGCCAUUGACUGGUGGUGCUACUGCCAUCAUGAGAAGUGUUACGGGGAUGGCAAGUGGGAUUAGUAGUGUGCCCUUUCGAUUAGCGAGAACUGCUAAGAAGCGGGCGAUGCACGAGGAGAGGAAAAAGAAGAAGGCUGAAGCUGCGAAGGCUAAGCGAAGUGGGAAUGGGAGAGAUACAAUUGCAGACGGCAGGAAGGAAAGUGGGAAAGCUGUGAAUGGUCUUGAGAGUGAAGGUAUUGCGGAAAAAUCUUUUGAUGCUGUUGGUCAAACUACGGAUGGCGCGGCAGACAAAGAAGACUCCACGAAACCCACAGCCGAGAAAUUGGAUACAACUGAAGCAAGAGAUAUCCAUUCUCCGAUUUCCCCUCUGGGUCAACAUACAUCAACUGGAGAACCCUUAUCAUUACAACAGCAGAAGAAAGACGAAAAACGUCGAGAUGAACGUAUAGAACACGAACAUGGGUUCGAGUACAACAUACCCGAAGACCGACAGUCCAUGAUCUCCGCGGACCCCAACGACACUAUGGCUGAAGACAUGACGAAAGACGUGGGCAAAGGACUGGGGGAAACUGCCGAAGCUAUGGCUCGUAUUCCGAUGGAUUUAUCACUGGCUGUUGCGCAGGGAUUCCAUAAUGCUCCGAGAUUGUAUGGAGAUACUACUGUGAGACGGUAUGUUCAAUCCCCUUUCUGCUCAUCCUUUCUUCCUCUUGAACAAAACUAACCAUAUGAUCACCAGACCAACACGCAUUACAGGGAUGAAAUCCGGCCUCAAAGCCGCCGCCGACGAAUUCCGCUACGGGAUCUACGACGGCGUCACCGGCGUGGUCGUCCAACCCUACCGAGGAGCUCGAGACAACGGACCCAUCGGCUUCGUGAAAGGCGUCGGAAUCGGUCUCACCGGCUUCGUGUUGAAAGAUCUCGCGGCCAUCUUCGGACCCUUCGCCUACACCCUCAAAGGCGCCCACAAAGAACUCAUGAAAGGCCGACAACCCACGCAUUUCAUCCGCAAAGCGCAGAUCGUCCAGGGACAGCGCGACGCGCAAGCCCUCGAGCCCGAAGCUCUCAAGGAAGCUGUACAGAAAACCAUUCAUGGAUGUGGGGUUCUGGAGGAAGUAUGGGGGUUUAUGGAGAGUGAGCAAGAGAAGGGCGGUUUGAUGGGGAGGGUUACGGGAAGACGGGAGAGGAAAAGGUGGAGAGAGCAGGGCGGGUUUGAGAAUGUGGAGAUGGCGGAGAAGGUUCUGGAGGCGAAAGGGAAAGGCGAGGGUCUGGAAGAUGUGUUUAGGGAGAAGAGGAGGGAGGGGAGAUUGAGUGUGAGAGGGAAGAGGGGGGUGCAGCGGGAUUUGAAACAUGGGAAG